GGGCUAUGCUUUUUUUAGAUUAAUAAUCAACUUUAGAAACGUAAUAAACAAUCACUUUCAUAAAUAUUGUGUAUAUUGCUUAAUGAAAUGAAAAGAACAAGUCAGAAAUGGGUGAAUGCCUAGCUGUUUAUUUUAACCGAGAUAGACAGCAUCAGGGCAUCUAAACAAGCGGUACAACUAAAAGAUAGGGUACAAUUACACCAACACAAUUUCUAUACCCUAAAUGACCUUACCUUCAUUGGUGUUUAUAAGAUUUUAGAUGUCAAAACAAUGGUCGAUAACCAGAUUUGGGCAUAGUAUGAUGUGCUUCUUCUUCCAUCCGCAACAACACUGUCCCCUUGGUAUAUCUAGCAACUUCCACAGCCAAAGGCCUGCUGGUCAGCGUCCAACCUCCAUUCGGAAAAAAUAUUGCAGCAGAAGUAGCAGCCAGAUCAUAGUAAAAAACAAAUAAUUGUAAAGGAGAAAAAGAAAACCGGAGAAGAUGAAGAGUAAACAUUCUAUCUUCUUCGCACUCUCCCACAGAAAUAACUCAAAUAAGGGAAGGAAGAGGGGUAAAGAAAGAGAGGGGGCAAAUGAGAACAGAGAGAAAAGAAAAGAACCUAUCCUUAAAACUACUCUUCGAGUUUCUUUUUCACCUCACAAUGAACCUCUAUUAGCGGAUGGAUUGAUUUCUCCUCAAACUGAAGUUUCAGAAGCUUCGGGUGGGAACGAUCUUGAAGUUGCGCCUAUUCAAAAGAUACUUUAUGACUGUGAGCUACUUGACCGCGUUGCUGACACUGAAUGGGACUCAACUAGUUCCAGAUUGAUAUUUCGACGAAGUGCUGGUCUAAAAAAUUGACUGAAACAUAGACGCGCUUUCAUCUUUACAGAAUUAACAUAUGGAUUUUUUGGGGAUUUCAUCUCUUUUGGGCAACUCAAUACAAUUCAAUGGGGAGCUAUUUGUUUUACUUUAGGGAUUUGAUUGGUGGUGAAUUUGCAGGGCCUUUUUGGAUUGUUCAUUCUCUAGCGAUUUAGUUUCACUAGCUUUCUUUCAUAAAAAAAAAAGAGAACCUAUCAAAGAAAAGAUAAUGGAAAUGAGAAGAUUUGAUCGGCAAUUGGUAGAGAAAAAAAAUACUACUUCCUUACUAAAUUUGUCACUUUAUGCGUUAGAGGCUUUUUUUUUAAUAAUUUGAUAUUUGGCAUAAUUUAUUUAGACUAGCAAGGGGUGCAUUGUGGAUGCUCUUCAAACGUUUAAAACAAUGCACAUUAUGAUUCAUUGAGAUAUAAGUACGCGUAAACGGAUAGGGGGAUACCAUGAAAUCUAUAAAGUAGGAUACAUAUAUGGGGGUAUAUUUAUAAAUAUUAAAAGGUAUGAGGGGAUAUGUUUAUUCAUAAUCUCUAUGUAGGACGUUUGCACUUUGCACCGCCUGCACGGAUACAAGUACGCGGAAACAGAUAGGGGGAUACCAUGAAAUCUUAAAGUAGGAUACAUAUAUGGGGUAUAUUUAUAAAUAUUUUUCAAAAAUUAUUUGACUACCUUUCCGAUUGAAUUUUUAGUCGAAUUGUUUUGUGGAUAAACUAGACUUGAUGGAUAACAUGCCAAAAAACUUUCAUUAAAAAAUUCCAUCGAGAAAGGGCCCAAACACCGCCAUCCGGAUGACGGUUCAUGUUUUUCAUUAAGUGUAGACUAUAUCCACAAAAUUUCAGCUUAAAAUUCAACCUGAAAAUCAGUUAAAUAAAUUAUUGAAAAAAA